AGUAUUUAUAUGAAAACGAAAUGACAACGGAUAGGAGAAGAUCAAGCAUUAAUUCAAACAAAGGAGAAGAAAAUACUUUGGACUGGGAUUUCAUUAAUCAAAGUCCGUCCCCAGCGGCCUAUCAUUGCGCAUGUGUUAUAGAUAACGCUAUCUACAUUCAUGGUGGGGUGUUUUCGAAAGGCGACAAAAAUCCCCUUAAUAAGCUUCAGUCUUUCGAUACAAGGACUUCCAGAUGGACUGAUUUAACGACCGCCCAGUCACCCUAUUUGAGUCAUCAUUCGUCUGUCGUCCUAAGGGAUAGGUAUUUUUUACUGAUUGGCGGUUGGGAUGGAAAAGUUCGGACGUCCGACGUGCACUCCUACGACACGGUAGAGAAAGUUUGGAAGAAAGUUCCUACUUCUGGAUUUCCUGAGGGAGCUGGGUUAAGCUCCCAUACGUCAACCUUACUAAGCAACGAUGAUAUUCUCAUCUUGGGAAGGGAGGGAGGGCUUAGAAUGCAAAGGCGGACAGGAAAUGCCUAUAUUCUAACGGGAAAUUUAAAUGCCUUCAAAUAUCGAGUCAAUCCUAUGGGGCUGAGUUCGAGAUCAGGUCAUACGGCUGUUAUUAUUAACAACAAUAUUGUAGUACACGGCGGUCGAGACGAUAAGGCUAUUGAAGAACAUGGAGGGUAUAAGAAAGGUUAUAAGCCAUGUUCAUGUCUUAAAGCAUUCGUCAACACUGAAAAACUAUCGCAAACAAAGAACAUUCCAAUCAGACGACACCAUAGUGCUAUAGAAGGUUGUGGUAUGAUGUUAGUGUUCGGUGGGGAACCAUUCUCAGGGAGAAGUAUUGUGGAGCCAAGCGGAGAUAUUUUCUUAAUAACUUUUAAGCCGAAUUUAACCUGUUAUAAAUUAGCAUCAAGUUCUAUAGCGAGGAGCGGUCAAGUUCUAAUUUAUACUGACAAUGACAUUUACAUACACGGUGGUCUAAUACCACGUGGUGGUGUAUCAAGUGGCCUCUUUAAAUUGAAAAAAAAUUAA